UGGAAACAGAUCUGGGGGGGGGAAAGAAAAAAAAAAAAGAAGAAAGAAACUUUUCCAGGCAAGAAAGUGAAGCUCUCCAGCUGUCUUCAUCAUGCCUCUCCAAGAAGUCUGCUUCAGGCUUUGAAAGUCCUCUAUAGUGCCAAGCAGAUAUAAAGCAUUCAUAACCACCAAAAGAACAGAGAGAAGGAAUACAAGACCAGUCACUGCAGUGAUGAAAGAUCUGGAUCUUAUCACAGGAACAGUGCCACCCCCUGGCCCACCUUACCAAAUGUGUCCCUGACUGCAUGCAGCUGCUGAUGAACCAUGUUCAACCCAAUGAACCCACCAGUGAGCAAUUAUGUGGAACAUUGCUACCUUCGACCCCUCCAUGGACAAGGGCAGCCCAGCACCAUGGUGGAAGGAAUCAAUGAACUGCCAUACUACCAUCAAACCAACUCAGUGGGGAGUCAUCAUACCUAUGGCAUGGGGCCUGGAGUUGAACAUCCUUCUCAUACGGACGGUACUCGCUUUUCUACACCCCGAAGCACAGCCAAGUUGACAAAGAAAAGGGCACUAUCCAUCUCCCCACUCUCAGAUGCCAGCAUUGACCUGCAGACUGUCAUCCGCACCUCUCCCAAUUCCCUGGUGGCUUACAUAAACUCUCGCUGCGCCUCAGCAGGGGGCUCCUACGGACAUCUCUCCAUAGGUACUGUAAGCCCUUCCCUUGGGUUCCAGAGCCCCAUGGGCCACCAGAAAUCUCAGGGAAUGUCAUUUGGCCACAACCCACCAAUGGUCCCCUGCAGCUCUCAUGAACACAUGCCCAGUCGACCAGGGAUGAUGCACCCUAUGCCACCUCCCCGUGGGAUGCUGAAGCACUGCCAGCUGAAAUCAGAGCCCAGCCUGGGCAGCCCUCUGGAUGCCUUGAGCACCAAGUGCCUGGAGGAGUGCUCGGAGGGUGACAUUUCCAGCCCAGCCUCAACGGGGACACAGGAUCCCUUACUCGGCAUGCUGGAUGCUCGGGAUGAAUUGGAGAAGGAAGAUGGGAAGGUGGAGACUGAAGUGGUGUAUGAGACCAAUUGCCACUGGGAAGGGUGCUCCAAAGAGUUUGACACCCAAGAACAGCUGGUGCAUCAUAUUAAUAAUGAACACAUUCAUGGGGAGAAGAAAGAAUUUGUGUGCCACUGGAGAGACUGUUCACGGGAACAACGACCCUUCAAGGCUCAGUACAUGCUGGUUGUCCAUAUGAGGCGCCACACAGGGGAAAAGCCCCACAAGUGUACAUUUGAAGGCUGCAAUAAAGCCUACUCACGGCUGGAGAACCUCAAGACCCACCUGCGUUCCCACACGGGUGAGAAACCAUACGUCUGUGAGCAUGAGGGUUGCAAUAAGGCCUUCUCCAAUGCCUCGGAUCGGGCCAAGCACCAGAACCGGACACAUUCCAAUGAGAAACCUUAUGUCUGUAAGAUCCCAGGCUGCACCAAACGCUACACAGACCCCAGUUCACUGCGCAAGCAUGUUAAGACGGUGCAUGGUCCAGAUGCCCACGUCACCAAGAAACACCGUGGAGACACUAUGCCCACCAGCCGGACAUUGGCCCUCCAUGGUGACCUGAAGCAAGAAAAGGAUAGUGAGGGCAGGAAGGAAGAUGGCAAACUCGUGGUGCCUGACUCUAAUUUGAAACCACAGCCCAGCCCUGGGGGUCAGUCAUCCUGCAGCAGCGAACGCUCCCCCUUGGGCAGUGCAAAUAACAACGACAGUGGGGUGGAAAUGAAUGCAAACACAGGAGGGAGUUUAGAGGACUUGUCGGCACUAGAGGAGCCCUCGGAGCCCAUGAGCAACUCUGGGCUGUCAGCACUUCACAAGCUGGAGAACCUGCGCAUUGACAAGCUCAAGCAUCUGCGCAAGCCCCUCUCAGGAAAGGGUGUCAAGCUGCCCUCCAUCCCAGGAACAGGCUCUGCAAGAGAGAUGCCUGGCCUGUGUGGGCCACCUUCUGCUGUCUCUCACCGGCGCAUCAUGGAGUUGUCGUCCAGUGAUUUGCCCUCACUGCCCCUGCCAGGUGAACGCCGUGGGAGUACCACCAGUACUGUCAGUUCUGCUUACACGGUCAGCCGUCGCUCUUCCAUGGUGUCACCGUAUCUGCCACCAGGGGGUGCCCCUAAUGGGUUAGGCCCACAUGACCCAUAUGACCCCAUCUCUCCUGAUGCCUCCAGGCGCUCCAGUGAGGCCAGCCACUGUGGGGGUCUUCCAGGGCUGGGACCCCUGACCCCAGCCCAGCAAUACCGUCUCAAGGCCAAAUAUGCUGCUGCAACGGGAGGGCCACCUCCAACUCCACUACCCAGUACAGAGAGGGCGGCUCAGUUCAGCCUCAUGGGAGACUACCCAGGCUCAGGCAUGCCGCCAUUCAUGCGUAGGCACAGUGCCAAUGAGUACCACAGUUACAGCACUGGUCUCCUCCAUCCCCACCUGGCAAUGAGCCAAAAUGCACGGCGAGCCAGUGAUCCUGCCCAGACAGUGGGUGAGGCCCAUCCAAUUCCUAGGGUGCAACGAUUCAAGAGUCUCAGCAACAUGAGCCCAGCAGGCAUUAGCAGAGCCACCGGGCAAGCAAUAGGGGGCUCAGAUGCCAAUCUGCAGCGCCACAUCUUUUCACCACGACCGCCUAGCAUCAGCGAAAAUGUCUUUUUGGAAGCUGCAGCCAUCGAGAGUGCCGGCCCAGUUGCAGAGCAAGAACUGUUGGAGAUGGAACCUUACCUGGGCUACCAGGACCAGAACUAUUCCUGCCAAACCCUGGGCAUGGAGCUACAGGGCACUGUGACCCAUCGAGGCUCACUCAGAGCAAUGGGUGACUUGCAGAUGAAUCCAGCAGCUCACGAGCAGCUGGAGGGUGGCUUUGAGCAGCCGGAUUACAUCCAGUCCCAGUGCCAGAUGAAUAUGGCUUUCCACCCAGCACGGCAGUGGGAAAGUGAUAGCUCAGUGAUGAAUCCCACGCCACCCACUGGUGUGGGGCAGUGCCACUCGGCCCAAUACUCAGUCCCUGUUGCCAAGCACAUGGGAAUGGAGCCUGCUGGUGAAGGCCAGCAAGGGACCUUCCAGUUUGGUCAACCACACAUCAAAGCUGAACAGCAAUUCCAGGCAGCUACUCCAGCUCUUUCCUCCUGCCAGGGCAUGAAGCAGAUGACCUACAGCCAAGCCCAACCUGCCUGUGGAGGAGGAGGAGCAGGAGCAGGAGCUGGAGGCAAUGGGUACCCACCAGAGAGCCAACUGGGCCCUUGCUUUGGCAUGGGCCAGCCCCCUGGCCAGAGAUCCCAAACCCCGAUGCUGCAGGUGAAAGAGAUGAUGGUGCGGAGCUAUGUCCAGUCACAACAGGCCCUUAUGUGGGGGGAUCAUCCAGGCAGCAAUGCAACGAUGGGAAUUGAUGGCUUGGAGAGUGGCCAGUGCCUGCCACACCAGUCUUACCCUGGUCCCAAGUACCCAGCCUAUCCUGCCAAGCCCCCACAAGCAGUAGAAAGCAAAGCACUUUCAACAUCCAGCAGCCAGUGUUACAACCCAGGGCUGGUGCCACAUCCGCCUGGUGGACCCAAGCCACUGGGUCGACAAAACAGCUUGAGCUAUCAAGCUAACCCCUCUUAUGAACCCCCCAACGACGGUGGCCCCCACCGGAUGAUGCGCUUACCCCCUCUCCAUAGCCCUGAAGAAGUUGGAUUUUCCGGAUCAAUGCACAUGCAGCCAGGCAAAGUUGCUGGACCCAAACUAAUGAAUGCCCACCAGCGACACCAUCAGCCCCCCAGCUGUGUGGCCGAGGAUCCAGGUGGGCCUUACACUCCUGGACUGGAUGUCCUCAAAUCGGACUCUUUCUCUUAUCUGCCAGAGGAGCAGGUGUCCAACAGCUUAGAUACCCUGGACUUGGAGAACACUCAUUUGGACUUCACAGCCAUCCUUGAUGACGCAGAAGCCCUCAGCCCCACUUCCCCACCUGGCGGCCCUGCCAACAUGGCCGUGGGGGAUAUGAGCUCCAUGCUGAACUCGCUGGCAGGGGAGAACCAGUUCCUGAACACCCUUUCCUAGUACAGUUAGGCUUACAGGUGUGAUCAUGGGGAGCGGCAGGGGAACUGCUAUGCAACAGAACCAGGUUGGCCAUAAGAAGCAGCAACAGUACCUCCUGUCGGGCUGGACUCCAUCACGGAAAGUUGGGGAAGGGAGUUCUGCAGAGAGAGUGAGUCCAGCUAGUUAUGUCCAGGGUUGGUCAUGCUACCCAGAUGUAUCUGCCAUGCAGCCUCAGACUCACAGAACAAGCUGGGGUCUCCGUUGCUGAAUAAUACACAGGAGCUGGAACUGGAUGAAGAAUGGCUGCAUGUGGGAAAGGAAGUGGAUCCGUUCCACUGUUUCAACUGGUUGAACAAAACAGCAAGAGUUCCCACCCCCCGCCCCCCCAGCCCACUGCUGCUCACCAUCCUGCCUUCCAAAUGAAGCCAGUAUUCUUGAAUAAUAGGCAUCCUGCUCCUAUCCAACAUAAGUGCCUCUUCCUUAGAAUGUUCUAUAUCUUUGGAGGGCAAGAUAAUGUGCACCUCCUGUACUAGGGAGUUUGUUGAUAUGGUUGUGUACACUUGGGCCCAUCCUGCCAUAGAUUCCACCACUCUGUAGGGGAAUGCUUGUGAAAGCAACCUCUGCAGUUCUAAGAAAAUUGCCAACUUCACCUGAGAUUUUGCAAAAAAGAUCUGUAGGCCUUGCACUGGUAGGAAUGUUUCUCCUAUUGGUAGAUCCUUCCUGCAAAAUGAACAGGGAAUGAACAGGGACUGGAGGAAUGAUCGUAUUCUAGAAUUGGCCCUGGCUUCAUUUACCCCACAGAAGCUCUGGAAGCUGGUGGGGUUCAAAGCAUCUGCUCAUAUAGUUAAGUCCUUCUUUGCACAUAGUAGAUACCCUUCAGACCCAUUUGGACUUUUGACUUCUUAUCCUGCAAAGCUUCUAUCCUGGCUGAAGCCUGGCUAGCAAAAGUUAAUCUCUCCUGAGAUUAACUCUCCUGAGCUCCACCUUAAUGUGGGUUUUAGCCCUUAGCUUUCAUCCUGCUGUUCCUGCCAUUACACGUAGUCUGUGAUAUUAUGUUAAAAGCCUUUGUGGGGUCCAGUAUCCUCCCAAAACGCUUGUCCUGGUAUCUUCCACCUGCCAAAUGUUCCAAACAUACUUCUCACCCAUCUUUUGCUAUCAGGGCCAGUCCAAGAUUUUUUCUGCCCAAGACAAAGACCAAGAUACCCCUUUUCCAUUCCAUGUGCAAAGGUUAAACAAACCAACAGUUCAUGUCUUAGACAAGAAUCCUGUUGGUGCACUACAUGAAAGGGUGCAUUUCUUCAAGGAUUAAGCAACUGGUAUAGGAAAGCAGAGAAAAGCUUCCAGCUCUGAACAGCCUGUUUCUCUUAAUGCCAGCUUCCUUCAUGGUCGCUGUGCCUCUUAUCUUCUUCCUUCUCUUUUUUAUGCUAGUAUUGUUACACUGACAUAGUGCAUCUUUCAGCUACACAUCAAUAAUGGUGAUGGGACAGUGUUUUCCCCUGCACUCAAGUGUGGCAGGCUAGUUUAUACACUAUAGGAUAGCCCCUGUAUCAUAUUGAGCCUUGUCUACCAAAAUAUUGCUUCUACCCCUUUCCCUGUCAUGUCCCCUUGGCUCUUGAGGUAUUCUGCCUAAUGGUGGAGCUGGCCUUGUUUGCUGUGGAAUCUGGAGUGUGUCAUUUGGCCAAGUUGCACCAUAGGAUCACUCCACAGAUUAAGGUAUCCACAUAAAUGUCCUACUCCAGCUUUCUGGCCACACACGGGGAUGCAGACAGAUUCUACAUCCAUAACUCUGUAUCUAGAGGACAUACCUGUGUGCAUCUUUAUUGGGUUGGGGCCAAGACGAUUUACACGUACAACCAGAGAUAGAAAAAGAGACAUGUGAAAAAUAUGUGUUCACAAACACAUCUCAUACAUUUGUCAGGGAGCUGGGAUAGGCUGCAGAUACUUGUCCAAUGUACACUCAGAAGGCAGUAUAAAUUUACCAUGAAUGAAUGUAUUAAAGCAUUCUUAGAUGGAGGCUGUGAAAGACAGAUGUCCAGAUAAUCAAAUUCAAAGGUGGAAGAUUAAGAAGCACAUAUAUCACAUAUGAACGCACGCAGACCACAGUGAUGAAAGUGAAGAUGUGAUGCACAAUGCACAUAGUGCCUUAGACCAAAUACUUGUCAAUAACCCAGAAAGUUAAACUAACUUACAAGAAUCAAUAAACUUCCAAGACUUGUAAUCUCCCCAGUUCUCUAAUUGGUCCAGCUGAGAGGAAGUGUCCUUCUGGACCCCAACCAAUUAGGGUUGGUUCACCUAGACAUGAGCAUCACUUGACCACACUGUUGAUAACCACCUGAAUGUGGGAAUGGACCACAUUGAAAUGCGUUGUAGUUGAGGCAGUAUGCAGGCACUUAGGCGCUAGGUAUGUGGCUGACCAGUGUCACAUAUACACAGUACACACACACAGAGCAAAGCGUAGUGUUGCUUUGACUGUAAGAUCCCAUGCAUAUGUGAACUAGGCCUUAAUUAUGAGAAAAAACCUGUGCCCUUCCUCUAGUGUUAAGUCAGAGGAAGGGAUGCCAUUGAAAACCAGUAGAAGAUGGAGGCAGGGACACAUUGUUAAAGGCCAGAGUUGUAAUGGCAGAGUUUCCAGGACAUGCACUACAGAACAUUCACAUCCUUUUAAAUCUCCCAUAGUCCACCCACAUCUCAUUGUCAUGACCAGGUCCUGCCACAUAGGAAAGGGAGGUGCAUGGAUAGCAGCCAGAGAUGGGGAACAGGAGGCCCUGCUGCUACUUUGUUCCCCACUGCAUUUGAGGCAUUUAUAGGUUUGCAGAUUGCAACCUAACCUGGCAGUUUUAGAAGAGAGCAAAGAUCCUUGCUUCUCAACCCUAGCAAGAGGCUGCCAGCACCAGCACUUUGGCUCAUAGGCAGAGAAACACUGGAUGAAUGCAGACAGCCCUCCCAGUGGCUCUUUGCAGAGACUGGGUCCACCAAAUAAGCAGCUGUUACUUUUUACUUGGAUCUAGAUUUCACUAUGUGCAAGGGGAGCUGGCUGGAGCUGUAUUACAUUAGGUAAGACCUCUGGCCUGCAUAGCUCACUGUUGUCUAUUCUGACUGGCAGUGGCAACCCAGUUCAUUCCGAGCCCUGUUUCAGUUAUGUAAGAGUCUUCUAACUGGAGAUGCCAAGGAUUGACCCUCGAACCUUCAUUGUACAAAGUCUGCUCUGCAAACUGUUUUUUUUUCAAGUCCAAAAUCACACAUAGAAUUAUAGAGUUUGAGGAGACCACAAUGAUCAUUCAGUCCAACCACAUUUUGCUAUGCAGGAAUACACGAUCGACACACUCCUGACAGAUGGCCAUCCAGCCUCUGUUUAAAUACCCCUA